AUGGCUGAAGCUUCUUCUCAGGUUGCAAAUGAUUCUGAAAGUUCCGAAUUUUCCGAUAUUGAUGUUGAUGUGAACGAUACAGGUAAUAUACAAAAUACUCCUACACAAUCAUGGUUUGAAGAAGAAACUGAUAUGCCUGAUUUUAAUUUUACAAAACAUAAUGAAUUACUGGUUCCAAUACCAGAACCGGCUGGUUUAGUUAUAAAGUUUGCUGUUUAUACUGGAGUAUUUGAUGAUAUGGGAGAACAAGGUCAUGCUUCUAAAGUAGUUUUGCAUUUGAUGUCUGAAAAAUUAGAAAAUGGUCACUCCUUGUAUAUGGAUAACUUUUAUAACAGCUUUGAUUUGGCAACUUCAUUAAUUCAGAAAAAUACGUACUGUACCGGAACGUUGAGAUUAAAUAGGAAAAAUACUCCAGUAGAAGUGAAACAGGCAAAAUUGAAGAAAUACGAAACUAUUGCUAGGUAUUCAAAUAGCGUGGUAAUUAAAAAGUGGAGAGACAAAAGAGAGGUCACUUAUAUAUCAACAAAAUUUAAAAACAACCUGGUAGUUUCUACAAAUAAACGUGGCUAUAAUAAAAUUAAACCAGAACCUAUCGUUAACUAUAACAAGUUUAUGAGUGGAAUAGACCGUCAGGACCAAAUGCAAAGUAUGCCAUUAUACGACUACCGUUUAUCUGUAUUGAGCGUUCUUCUACCAAAAAUUCCAAAACCAAGAUUAUUACCGUCAAAAGUGAAUCAUUUACUAAAAAAACACGGAGUUGGAAAAAAUGGAAGAGCAAUAAGAAAAAGUUGUCAACUAUGUUAUACACAGAAGAUUCGAAAAGAUACGGCAUAUUUUUGUGAUGCUUGCCCAGAAAAACCCAGUAUGUGUCAACAACCAUGUUUCAAUACUUUUCAUUCAAGAAUAAAUAUUUAG